AUGGUAGGUGCAAUUGAAGGUCAACAACCCGAUAGCUCGCCUCGAGCGUGCAAGCAAAAAGGGGUCAAGCGAGACCAUACAGCGGUAGACGAAAGUGAUGAUGUCGAUGCAAAACAAAGUACUGGUGAACAGUCAGUGACCGAUGGAGACGUUGGAAUGACAGAAUCGGCAAAGCCAGAGGAAGGUGAAGUUGCUACUGACGCUGAAGAGGAAAGAGUCAAGGAGCCAUCGCCCAAAUUGCCGCGAUUGGCAGAGGAUGUGCUCAAGAAACCAGCGGCUGUAGGUUCUAAUCAGGUUAUCGUGAACGCCUUGUUCGACUAUGCAGAAGAGCAGCUUCAGCAAGGACACACGGGUAAAGGUGUCACCCACUUGCGAGCAGCACGCGCUCUUCGCGAUCAUUCCAGUGCCAUCACAACUGGAACUGAAGCACGUGACGUCCCUCUAGUGGGGACAAAAUUGGCUGCAGAGGUCGAGCAGAUUCUAGAGUCCGGCAAAGUGGAAGACACGACGGAGGUGGGCAACCCGGAUGAGGACAAGCCCACGGAGCCUCGAUUGGUGCGUGAGCUGCGGGCGAGUACUGCGAAAUGUGCUGAGAACCAGCCAGUGGUUGACAAACUUUUGAGGUACGGGGAGCACCAGCUUCAUGCUCGGAACGGUAGCAAAGGCACGAGUUACCUUCGCGCUGCACGCAAACUGCAGCUCACUGACCACGUCAUAGCUUCGGGGGCUCAAGCUCGAGAGGAAGUCGCGCUGGUUGGGCCAGUGAUAGCCGACGCAAUCGACCAGAUCCUCGAGCACAAGUGCAUCGGGAAGGGCGCUACAUGUUCGGCUAAGACUAUUGAAACGGACACUAGCGAGAAGGAUCGAGACGAAAACUCGGCUGUGCGACCGGAGAACCAGUUCAUUGUAGAUGCUCUGGUUGACUACGGUGAUCGCUGUUUUCAGCUGAGCCAGUGGGAGGAAGGCGUGACCCACUUGCGUGCAGCGAAAGCCAUUCGAGACGCGGAUGUAACGGUGACAACGGGUAAGCAGGCAGCAGAAGAGCUCAAUGAGUGUUCCGUGGUGGACAAAAUUGACAGCAUCAUAGACGGACACGAUAAUGCGGUUGAGGAGGACGAAGUCGUCGAUGACGAUGACGGUGCAGUCGGUCGUACUUCAUCAGUUGAGAGAGUCGGUGAGAAAUAUGACCAAGAUGAAGCGAGCUCCGACAGCUCGAUUUCCGAGGAAGAGGAGCAAGAAACAGCGCUCGCAGUUGCUGCGACUCGCCUUCAAGAUGCUGCCGAGUUAGUGGCGGAUAGCAGCGUCGUAAAAGCUCUGGGAUGUAUCGGAGAAAAGGUCGCGACCUUCAUCAGUACAGGCGUAGCGCUCCAUUCGGCUGAAGACAUUUCUACGGAUGACGACGAUGAGACCGAAGACACUGCGAUGGACGAGCAAGAGUAG